CUUUCACUUUCCGGAUUGCGUUUCGAAACUGCCAUUCACAUAGCGCCUCUGCCUGAAACCGUGCUUUACGUUGUUUAAUUCAGGGUUUUAAAAUGCUUGUAAUCUUAGUUUAACGUUGCUGGACGUGUUACUUUCGGUCACAGACGGAAGCAACCAAUUAUCUCGUUCAUAACCCACUCAGACCAACGCCAUGAUCGCUUCGUCUCCAAUCAGAACUCUGUCGGGCCUCGGAUGGUUUCUUGUUGUUCUGGCUGCGGCCUCUGUGUCCUCAGAUGAAACAAUCUAUGCAAAGGAGGGAGGCGAGGUAACGCUCAAACCAAAACAGGGGUCUGUGACUGAUGCAACCAAAAGCAUCAUCUGGAAAUUUGGGAAAGAUCUGGUUGUCGAGUUGGAAUCAGACGGUAUCAUAUACUACGGUAGAUUUCAAGGUCGGAGCAACUUGAACAACCGGACUGGAGAAUUGACUCUCAGAAGCCUGACUUAUGAUCUCACAGACGUGUUCACGAUAGAGAUAAACAACAAUGCAAUUGACCACAUUAACCUCGUUGUACUUGCUGCAGUUCCUGUACCUACCAUUGCUCCAUCCUGCCCUGAAGGUGCACACACAUGUACCCUGACCUGUGAGGGAAACACGGCCAGAGCAGAACGAGUAGAAUACAUAUGGAUGACUGACGACACUGAAGUGCCGGGUUCCACAAACAAAACAUUCACUGUAAAGGACGACAGUUCAGGUGUCGGAGAGUUCAGCUGUAAAAUGAAGAAUCCAGUCAGUGAGAACAGAAGCAAACCCUUCGCCAACCCAUUCAAGGCUGCUGAAACUGGUCGAAGGAUUUUCACAGGAGUCACAGUGUCGGUCAUAUUGCUGUUUCUUGUGAUACUGGUGGCCAUUGGCCACAGAAUGAAAACAGGAGAAUGGUUCUUCAAUAAAUCCUCCAAUCCUUGGGAAGGAGAUUUCUGGAGGAAUACCAGGGCGCAGCAACCUCAAGCAGCUGCUUCAGAAUCCAAUGGCAACACAACUCCACUAAAGGGCCAAUUAGAUGAGGAAACUGCACUGACGGAAAAGUAAAACGUCUUGAGACUUUCACCAUCGGCAAAAUCUUCUCUGAAACAAACAUUUUGAAGAAUGGAUUUUUCUAGAAGUGUUUUUUUUUCCUCCUCAGAAUGUUUUUGACAUUUUCCGCUGGCAUUGAAAGCAACAACUGACUGGAGAGUACACACCAAGUUAUUCUGCUCCGCUGUUACACUGGAUGUUUUUUAAUAGGAAACUUUUUUUUUUUCUGUUAUUGUUAUUGCAGCAUCUGAAACAUGAACUUCAGUGAUAUUUUCAAGGGAAAGUAAUCUGACUAGAGUGAGUUUAGAUAAGACAAAAGGAAAAGAGGUGGGCUGCUGACCCUUUGGAGGUUUGGUUCAGGAGUUUCCAAAGUGUCAAAUAACUCCUAAGACAAUUCCUGGAAACCAGGUACAGUGAGCUUUCCUGUCAAAGAAAGCUCACUAUAUAUAAAGUCAUUAAUUUAAAAGACUUUAUA